AUGACAGAUCCUAAUGCAGAUAAAAAUGACACUACACCAAUGGUGGCUACAAAGCGAGCGCGCGUUGGCGUUACGAAUAAAUGCUUUAAAUUCAGCGCUGUGCCGGUGCAGUUGAAAGGCGCUAAUCGUGUGCCAAAAUGUGCGCGUUGCCGCAAUCAUGGCAUCAUCUCCGAAUUGCGUGGCCAUAAGAAACUCUGCACCUACAAAGGCUGCAAGUGCGCCAAGUGUGUGCUAAUCUUCGAGCGACAGCGUAUUAUGGCGGCACAGGUUGCCCUAAAGCGUCAACAGGCGGUGGAGAAUGCCAUUGCACUGCGAUUGAUGACCACCAAGACUGGUAAACAAAUCGAUACAUUGCCGGAGGGACAAAUCUUCGGAUUGUCCCAAAGUUCUUUAGACAUUGGCGCAGAAGUUGAGAGUGAGGGAAUGGAACGGCAAGAGCCGCUGCAGCGACAAAAUCCACAACAUCAAAUACAACAUAUGGCUGAGGAUCUUAGUGCUGCCGCGUUCAGCAGUUUGAGUGAGGAGGCAAAAAGCACUUCAAAAAUCUCAUCCACCACACCCACGCCACCUAUAAUCUCACAGAGCGCUAUAGAUAUGUUGGCACAACUCUUUCCGCAUCGCAAACGCUCUGUGUUGGAAUUGAUAUUGAAGCGCUGUGAUUUGGACUUAGUGCGCGCCAUAGAGAGUGUUACGCCCGCAGUCAGUAGCGCAUCCAAUGAAGCGUCCAAGGCUGCCUCAACAACUAUGCUCAGUCAUGCGGCAGCGACAUCAUCAACAACUGUUGCGCCUAUUCGAAGCGCUUUUAAGCCCGUCACUGCUGAACUGUACGCUCAUAAAUCUGCCCUUAUUAAUGCCACUGGCAGUACAACAGCUACGAGUGCUGGCACUCCAGCUAUCUGCGCUUAUCCCAAAUGGUUUGUGCCGCUUUCCUUCCCCGUUACAAUGGGCCAUCUAUCGAAUUUAGCGCCACGUUGUACACUCCCCAAUUGCACCUGCAUGGAUACGUAUCAAUUUAAUUAGUUAAAUUGGGGAAAAAUCUGCUAACAAUAAAUAUUAUUAAUUAUGCUAUACUGUCUAUUAUUUGUUUAGAUACUCGUUCAUUUUAUAUUUUAUUGGUUCAUAAAGAUUGAUUUUGUUGCAAAAGAGAGUUUGUUUUGAUUUCUGCGGUAAGAAAAAGCAGGUACAUAG